AUGGCUUUCCAUGUAGGCUUAAUGAAGAAACAGUGCGAAUUUUUUUUUGUAAACGUACUGAAUAAAAAGAUAGGUACUAAUUUGAAUCCUGAGUACGAUUAUAGCUCUUGCGUUCUUAUAAAUGGAGUUCGUAUCACUCAAACGACUCCUGCGAGUCCUGCAGCUAGAAAUUAUGUCUCUUUCAAUGCACACUUUUUUAUCGAGAACAUCCCUGGUGCACUUUGUAACCUCCAGUUACAGUUAAUCUCAUACAAGCAAAAGAAAAUUGGGAGACAAUGCAUUCGAAAGCCUUACGGCUGUGUUUCUUCUGCCGUCUUUCCGUUAACGGAUAAAGGUCUUGAAUUAAACAUUCGUGCAGAAGAUCGAUGUAACGGUUUUGUCUUCAAUGCUAUUUUGCACAAGAUCGUUGUCUUGCCGGAGGAGAGCUAUACAGCUUUUUUUUCUUUACUUACGGCACAGUCGUUUUUGCUUUGUUUGUGGACGGGAUCAGUGUUGGAUGCAUUAGAUUGCCGUUAUUUUGUUAAACAUCUUUUGACUUUGCUUUUGCCAACGCAGUCAAUUUUUCUAUCUUUUAUUGACGUAGUGCUGGAAUCUCAGUUGCAAAAAGAGACAGCAGCAACAUUGUUUCGCUUGGACACUUUUUGUUCAAGUUGUAUUUCGACUGCUCUCAGAAUUGUCGGAAGAGAUGCAGUUUUAUAUGAGCUUUCUCCUGUACUGCAGCAGUUACGUCGCGAUAAGCCUACAAGUGUAGAUGUUGAGACGUUUGUGGCUGCAUUACGUAAAUUAACCCCGCAUCUUCCGUAUUUGUUAGGUGCGGUCUUGUUUCGGGUUGGAAGUGCGGUGCAGAAACAAUUUCCUGACGAACUGAAUUGCGCCAAGCGCGCUGUCAGCUGCUUCUUUAUUCUCCGGUUUCUCAGUCCGAUUCUUACAUUUUGGGACAGUACUGGUAAAAUCAUAGUUUCUUUUUUAAAUGCUCUGCUAUGUGGCUUACAUUUUAUUGAAGAAUUUCAUCUUUUGGAUCUUUCAAAGUCUUCAGUCUUUAACAGUGGUCCUGCACGCAAAUUAGCGAAAGCAGUUCAGGAAGCUGCCAAUCAGGCAUCCUCAGUUAAUUUUGAUCCUUGUUCAAGCACUCGAGCAGCUUUCUUAAUGUCUCAAAUACUUGACGAUUUCAUGAGGCCUCAAUCAUUGAGUUUAACAUUUCCGUAUUUUUAUGAAUCAGACUGGUUACCCGCAAAUGUUGUAAAUACAAGAACAGAGGAGGUGGAAAACAGCUUUGCUGAUUACGGAAAAGAGGAGCAUUUUGCCAUGUUGGCUUUUCAUAUAGGUCGGGUUCUUGAAAAGCAAGCGGACUGCUGUCCCGUCUCAGAAGCUAUGUCGGUCAUGAAUUCUUUAAAGAAUAUGGUCGAAACGAUUAAAAGCUGUUGA